ACGAGUGACCCGGAUCAGCGUUCGUGGACGGCUGUCGUGAGAUUGGGGGUAGAGAGGAUCACACGGAUUUCACGGUGAUGUGUCCAAGCCUCUAUGAAUGCACACCAGUGGCACAGUCCUAGAAGCAGCUAGCAGGGGGGCGUUCCGUGGGCCGCUUUAGACCCAGCAAUCACAGGUCCUCCAGCAAGACACGCCCCCAGCCUCCUCAACACGGGCAGCAUGUCCUGCCGAGAUCGCACCCAUGAGUUCCUGUCUGCCUGCAAGUCUCUGGAAGGGAGGCAGAAUGGGAUCCAGACAAGUAAACCAGUCCAUAGUGCAAUCAGACAGCGCAGUGACUUCACUAUCAUGGCUAAGGGAAUUGGGAAGGACUUGAAUAAUACUUUUGCCAAACUGGAGAAGCUCACCAUACUUGCCAAAAGAAAAUCAUUGUUUGACGAUAAAGCCUUGGAGAUCGAAGAGUUGACCUACAUCAUCAAACAGGACAUCACCAGCCUGAACAGGCAGAUAGCUCAGUUGCAGGAACUGGUUCGCUCCCGUAACGGUCAGAAUGGAAGACACGUCCAGACACAUUCCAACACCAUUAUGGUGUCACUCCAGUCAAAGCUGGCGUCAAUGUCAAACGACUUCAAAUCAGUACUGGAGGUGAGAACAGAGAACCUGAAGCAGCAGCGCAGUAGGAGAGAGCAGUUCUCUCAGCCCCUGCUUCCCACCUCCCCGCUACACGCCACCAACUCCAGCAGUUCACUGCUGAUGGAGGAUGAGGCCAGGGAGUCCAGGGAUGUCUCCAUUGCCAUGGACCCACGCAGCAGUCAGCAGCUGCUGCUGAUAAAUGAACAGGACUCGUACAUCCAGAGCCGCGCGGACACCAUGCAGAACAUCGAGUCGACCAUCGUCGAGCUGGGCUCCAUAUUUCAGCAGCUGGCGCACAUGGUGAAGGAGCAGGAGGAGACGGUGCAGAGGAUUGACGCCAACGUGGAGGACACCCAACUCAAUGUGGAAGCCGCCCACGCCGAGAUCCUCAAGUACUUUCAGUCAGUCUCCUCGCACCGCUGGCUGCUGGUCAAAAUCUUCCUCAUCCUCAUCGUGUUCUUCAUUGUGUUCGUUGUCUUCCUCGCCUGA